GUCUUGGUGUUUGAUCGAUUGCCAUGUUCACUAAAACGGGAAAAUUGACUUUCAAGGUGACAUAUAUAUUACUGUCGUUCAAUUUUGCAAGAGAACAGGUCAUAUGAUUUCUGCACAUUGCAGGAUAUGCUUGUCUGUUGAUAGAUAGCAAUUGUGUCUAGUCAUGGGAUUCUAUCGUGUGGAAUAGAUAUCAAAGUUCUCAUAUGAGAGAGCAGUGUUUAAUCUUAUUGGAAAAAGAACCAUGCAGUAUUUAAGGAAAUUGAAUGGAAUUACUAGAUAAUUUUACUAUGUCAUGCUGCCCAAUUAAGAGGCAAUCAUAGUUAUCUUGAUUUGUGGAAUGGAAUCCAGAUUGUGCAAACUGCCAAUCUUUUCUUGCAAAAUUGCGUGUGGUUGUUUUUGUUUUAAUACUUUAGAGAACUAGAAAGAGAGCAGCUUCAAAGAACUUGUGCAAAGAAGCACAAUUGAUGCUUUUAAGAUUGUCAGCGAAUUGAAACCUUUACCAUUGUUUAAUUGGUUACAAAUUCUCUCUCUCCUUUUUUAUUCUUUCAUCUCAUCCAUUUCUCUCCCACCAGGUAAAGCUUUCACCUUAUUCAUUCUUCAUUCUUCAGUUUCAGAUAUAAUAUUCAGUCGCAAACCAUUCUUCACUUUUUCUCACUUCAGUGAAAAUAACAGGAAAGUCUCAAACAUAUUACGUUUUCUUUUAUGCACAUGUAAGAUUUUGUUACUUGAAUGGGAAGAAAUGGAUGGUCACUCUCAUUUGACUACUCUAUUGCUGAAGUGUUUCUACAACAAGGAGUGUCUUAAAAGGGGAAUGAAUCUCACAUGUGUUGAUCCCCUGAUAAAGUUGAAGUUGGUGAAGGAAAUUUCAUUAGUGAGUGAGGCUUUCAAGGAGGCCAUAGUCAACAUUGAAGUGGAAGAGAAAUUCUUAGCAGAACUUGAGGCAAAGAAGCUUAAGGUUUCUUGUCUCAAAAAGGAUUACAGAGAACAUAAGGAGGACAAAGUAGCUCAGACACAAUCGAUGGAUGAUCAAAUCAUGCAACUUCAGUUAAAAAGAAGAGAGAUUUUUCGUGCCCUUGAAACCAUCCAUCAUUAGAAAAGUGGAGCUGAAAUCUGCUAAAGCAAUGAUUGCAAACUCAAUUCCAGCAAUUGUUCAACAUGGGAGAGGUUGAAAGCCAAAUGUUCCAAGCGUGUAGCUGCGAUAAAAGAAAGGUUCAUCAGUUUAU